AUGUAUGCCGCUCAGAAUAUAACGCCAACAGUUUUGGAUGCCAUGAACGGAAAUGUUUCCGAAUGGUAUAACGAAUGCGACAAUGCCAUUAGAAGGUCAGAAAUAGUUCCUGGAACUUACGAAUAUACAACUGCUGUUUCUUAUGGAAACGUAGGUGAGUUUGGAGAAGGUUCUUCAACAACAGUAGAUAUUGCUUGCGACAGGUUUCAUAUUAUUUAUAUUGACAACUCAUUCUUAUACGUGGAACAAGACAUUGAAAUAAAACCUUCUGCCAAGUUGUCUGACAAGAAAGGUUGCAAUGGAAUUUUCUAUGUCGGAUACCAGACGGAUGCAACUCCUGCUAAUGCGCCAAAUAAACCCAUUUCUUAUAGGGUAAAAAAUGACGAAUCCGAACAAGGACCCCUAUGUUUCUAA